UAUCGAUAUAACGAAAGUAAAGUACAGUCUGUUGUUUUUAUUUGUGCUACUUAUCAGAAAACGUCCUUACGAUUUGAACGAGGAAAAGAAACGAGUUGUUAAUGAGCUCUCAUUACUGCAUUUCGUUUUAGAGAAUACAUGGCUAUGAAAAGCAAUGGUAAUCGUACAAUGUCGUCUGGCAGUAGUCAGUUGCAUCACAGUACUGUGAUAAAUAAUGCUAGAGGAUUGCAAGCACUUGGAAAUAUAAGCAGGAUCAAUCCUGAAAGUGCACCUUCUAAUUCACCAUUUUUCUCGAACCAUCUUCAACAACCAAUGUCCUCUUCAAACCCAUCUUUUUCAGGUCUACCACCUCCUCUUCCACCAAAGAGAAGUACAUAUAUGCCUGCAUAUAACAGAUAUUCUCCAAUGUCUAAUUACUUUUCACCAUUUUCACGCUAUACUCCUGGUUAUCCAGGAUACAGAAUGCCUCCAUAUGGAGCUGGUUAUGGAAUGUCUCCACUGACUGGUUCUGAAUCAUACAGUAGUUUUACACAGAUGGCUGAAGAAAGUACAAGACCAGCUUUUGAAUCCAUUGAAUCUGUGGUAGAAGUAGUCAGUUCCAUCAGUAUGAUGUUGGAGUCCACUUACCAUGCAGUUCACAGUUCUUACAGUGCUAUUUUAGGUGUUGUUGAUCAGUUUUCUCGCUUAAAAGAUCAUUUUACCCAAAUUUUAUCAGUUUUGGCUAUACUUCGCUGGUUACGUUGGAUGUGCUUAAAAAUUCUUUAUCUCUUGGGUGUAAGGAAAGAAAAUCCUUCUGUAGAAGCUGCUUGGGAUUCAGCUGAAAAACUGGUUAAUGGCUCCAAUGGCCUUGAUAUGCCCGAUGAAGUACGAAGCUCAGCAUGGCCAUUUUUUAUGUUUUUGGGUUUGGUUGUUGGUGCACCUUGGCUGAUGUUUAAAUUGCUGGCCAAAAGCAUUGCUCAACGAAAACCUUUUGAUCCCCGAACUUUUGUAGAUAACAAUGGUAGACGUUAUAUAGCUAUGGCUGCAUAUGAUUUUAACGCAACUCAAGCUGGUGAACUGUCAUUCAGUGCUGGGGAGAGAUUGAUGAUAUCUCCAAAAAGUUGGAAUUCAAAUCCAAAAGGAGGAUGGUACUUGGCUUGCAAUGAAAAACAGGAAACUGGAUUGGUACCAUCUACAUAUUUGAAAAAUAUAGGUAGAACCGUUAUUAGAAAUGUACCAAUGCCGCAGAGAAUGCCAAUGAACCCUGUAGAAAACAUCAACAUUCCAAGUGGAGCAGUCAGUGAGACAGAAACAAAUAAUAUGCCGCAGAGAAUGCCAAUAAACCCUGUAGAAAACAUCAACAUUCCAAGUGGAGCAGUCAGUGAGACAGAAACAAAUAAUACUGCAGAUGAUUUUGUAAAAUCUCCAGAAAAUCCCAACAAUGAAUUAGUUGACAAAUCAGCAGAUUCACCUGAUCUUGCUGAAGUGGUGGUUGAGAAAUCUGCUGAGCCACCUGUUAUACAUCCUGGCUCAAAGUCAGAUACCCAUAUAGAUUCUGAAUAAAAAAAAGAGAAAAAAAACUUUUUUGUUGUUAUUAUGUAUGUUGAAUUUUUUAUCAAAUGACAGAAAGUCUGUAAAUGUAUAAAUUGUAAUCACUGUAAAUAUCAAUUUUUGAAUUACCUGUGAAAUUCAUGUUUUAUAUUUGAGAAAAACUUUUUUUUUUUGUAAUAGUUACUUUUUCAUUUUUGUAAAAAAGAAAUAAGUUAGGAUAAACUUGUUAUUAAGUUGUUAGCAUUUAAAAACUGAACAUGAGACUGAAGGUAAACACAAUAAAUGUUGGUAUAAUAUUUUCAUGUUUAAUGCAUAUCAUUAUAUUUCCAAUUUGUACCUAAAAUUUUCCCCAUUUUUGCAAUAUCGUAUUUAUUACAGUAGCAUAAUAUAUGUAUGUACAUACAGUAGUAUAGUCUUAUGCUAUUUUUGUUGAUUAUACUUAAUGGCGAAAAUCUUUCAUGAAAUUAUCCAUUAUAAAUAUAUUUAAUUACUUAAUACUUUUGCUAAACUUAAUUUCGGAUGAAUCUAAUAAAACAAUUCAUCUAUUAUAUAUUACACUUGAUUUUUAAUAACCAUGACAUUAGUGAUAUCAGAUAUGUUGAAUAACAUUCUUGCUAUAAUUUUCAAAAAGUCAUUUCUGCAUUUCUAGAAUUUAUUGCUUAUAUUGCAUGGCCAUUGUGAAACUCGCUGUGUUUUUAAUUGUAAUUCAUUCUUAACUUUCAAAAAAAUAGUUAUCAACAAUAUUAAAACAAAUUUUUUCUUUUGCAAUUAAUGAUUUUGAUUUCCUUGCAUUAAUAUAUUUUAAAUUUCUCUUUAUAUAGAUUUGCACUUUCCUAGUCUUACACAUAUGUGUGAAAGUCUUUGAUUUGAUAAUUUAAAAUAAAUUAUAAUGUAUUUCUUCAUUAAUAUUGCAAUAAAAAAAGGUUUAUUUUAGUAUUUAUUUUCUAUGUUUAAUAAAGAUAUAUAGAAUUUUGUACAU